CAUUCCGCCCCUUCCUCAGCUGUCCUUCACUUCUGGCCUCUAUCCUCUGCUCAGACAAAAAAAGAAACACACACUGCUCGGCUGUAACACUUUCUCUGUUUAUUCAGAUAUAUAUAAUAUCCCUUCCUCUUUAACUCUCCCAAAAACGUAAAAAAAAAAUAAAAAUUUAUCACCAAUAUUUUCUACUCCUUUUUUAACUAAUUAGGGUUUUCCCUCUGUUUCACUGUAAUGCUUCAAUAUCCCCAAUUUCCUCAAUGUACGGACAGUCAUUGCCCAUGAGCAUCUCCGCCCAGAUCGUUGGCUCCAGAGCCGACGUCGACGAUGAUGUUUCAGCCUCAGCAGCCGUCGAUAACCACCAAAGCGUUAGAUACGAUGCUCACCCCCUUGAUGACGGCGUCGGAGUGGAGGACGUCGCCACUGAUCCCAUCUACGUCACUGCCAACACUGCUUCUGCUUCUGACUUGGCCGUCGUUCAGCGAGUUGACGACGCUAGCCAACUCACUCUCUCGUUUCGCGGCCAGGUCUAUGUAUUCGAUGCUAUUACUCCUGAUAAGUUCCAUGCGGUGUUAUUACUGCUGGGUGCAUGUGAACUGACUUCAGGUCCCCAUGGUGUUGAAAUGUCAUCUCAGAACCUAAGGGGUGGUGUGGACUUUCCGAGAUCUAAUCAACCGCUCAGGGCAGCAUCUUUAGAUAGGUUUCGUCAGAAGAGAAAAGAGCGAUGCUUUGAUAAGAAAGUCAGAUAUAGUGUUCGCCAGGAAGUUGCACUUAGGAUGCAGCGUAAUAAGGGUCAGUUUACAUCUUCCAAAAAGUCCGAUGGAACUUACAGCUGGGGUACUCAGGAUGAUGAUAAUCUACCAGAUACUUUAUGUACGCACUGUGGUGUUAGUUCAAAGUCCACCCCGAUGAUGCGGCGUGGUCCAUCUGGUCCAAGGUCUCUAUGCAAUGCUUGUGGACUUUUUUGGGCAAACAAGGGUACUUUGAGGGAUAUUCCCAAGAAAACACGGGAUCAUUCCCUGACUCCAGUUGAGCAGGGAGAUAGUGAGGCAAACUCAGAUUCUGGAACUGCUAUCCAUUCGCAAAGCAAUGUAGUUUCUUUCUCAAAUGGUGAUAGCUCAGCUCUAAUUGCCGAGCACUAAUCAUCUGUGCCAUAUAAAAGCCUUUGUCAGCUAGGUCUUUAUUAAUAAUUUCUUUCAAACUUGACCUAUAUGUACAGAUAUCAUAGUUGCCAUCAUCAAUAUACAAGGUUUUCUCCUCCUAUUCCUUCAGUUAGUACUUUUGCAUGAAAUUACCUCUUUAAGAGAAACCUCCUCAGGAUUUAUCACCUGAAGCAUCAACUAUCUUACCUUUGGUAAGUUUAUAGGCCAUAUGCUUCCAAUAUCUUAUCCCCUCCCAGGAAUCUUUUAUAUUUCAAUCAAAUGCGUGUUAGUUAAUGUAAAUGAUGGAUAAUCUUUUUUUUAUAACAUUAGUUGGAGUUAAUAUUUCAUUCCCUUUUUGUCAAAUCCUUGUUCUGACCAUCCAAACUGACAAUCAACUAUGGAAUGUCUUGAUGUGAAGAAUGAUGUAGCAGCAGCAGCAGUAGUAGUUCUCUGUUGUUCUUU